AAACAUGAAAGCUUUGGGUUCACAGCCACACAUAGGAUGUGUGAGCAAUGUCCUUUCCUUUGCCACCCCGACUCCGGCGUCGCAUCACAGACUUCGAAGUUUCCAAGGAGGUCUUGGGCGAUGGUUCUUUGGCCGUUGUCCGCAGAGCCACGGAAAUCGCCUCAGGCAAAAGCUUUGCGUUGAAGGCGUUUGACCGAAAUCUCCUUCGAUCCAAUCACCGUGAUGCUGACGUGGCCAUGGAGGAACAUUGCCUUCGGAGAGCCAACCACCCAGGAAUCAUAAAGCUACAUGCUUCCUUCAGAGAUGACAGCUUCCAUUACCUUGUCUUGGAUCACUGCCCAGGGGGUGAACUUUGGGAAAUGGUUCGCAACGUGGGCUGCGAAGAGCAUCUUGCUAGGCACUAUCUAGCGCAGAUCCUGGAAGUGGUUCAGUAUCUUCGAGACGCACAGAUUGUCCAUCGAGAUUUGAAGGCUGAGAAUGUGUUGCUCGGUCCUCAAGGCAAUUGCAAGUUGAUUGACUUUGGCAGUGCCAAGGAUUUGGCAAAUCCUCACAUCAAAGGAGCUGGACUUCACAAUUGGGAUACUGUUCUGCAUGAGACUGUAGGGACCCCUUACUUCAUGGCUCCAGAAGUUGUUCGUAACAAAUGCUCUGACUUCCGCUCAGACACCUGGUCCUUGGGCUGCUUGGUGUUUCAAGUCCUCACUGGACUGCUACCUUUCUAUGGUGGAUCAGUGUGUCGUGUGUAUAAAAAGAUUUGCCGCACGGAGCUGGAAUUGGACUUGCCGGAGACCUGGCUUGGGAGCAGUGCCACGGACCUUAUCAAGCGUAUGGUGGUCAAGGAUCCCGAUACAAGAUUGGGCAACGAUCUUCGGAGCUUGGAGGAACAUUCCUUCUUUGGCAUUACUUUUGCAGGUGCACAUGGAAGAUCAGCCCCUAUCCGCACAUUGGAGGAAAUGUGCAUUCGCCACAUUGGCAGACGGUGGAAGACCUGUCUUGAUGCUUUACCCUUUGCCCAGAAGGCAGUCGAGAGGGCGCUCCUGAGACCCGAAGCACUCCGAAUCUUGCAGCGUAUUUCGGAGGUUCACGAUCUAGUCGCCGGCCAGGCUGACGAGGGUGAGACCUCAGCUUCGGAAGAUUGAGGGCGUUUGCUGAUGGGUCACAACUCCCAAAAAGAAGUCAUGCGCAAGAUGGGGAUCACAAUUCUCAAGCAUUUGCCAUCCGCAAACUGUGUAUUGAUCCACCGCUUCAGUGUGACAGCCUUUUGUAAGCCAAAUUGACCACCUCGUGUCUCCCGCAAGCCAAUCUUUUUGAGCAGACGCUAUAGCUUCACGAUGCUUGCUUUGGAUGUGAAGCCUUGGAGAGAAA